AUCCGUUAAAAACAAGGAUGGUAACGUCAUUAUAAUAAGUUAACGGACGUAUAACCAACCACCGUAAGAUACUGAUAAAACAAAGGGAAGGAAAGAAAGAAAGACAGAAAAGUUGAACAAACUAAAGAGAAAAAACUGAAACAGAGAUUUAAUCUUCUGAGUUGAUAUAAGGGGUUUCUAAGAAGAUUAAAGAAAACCACCCAGAUGUUAAAUUCUUAAAAGUUGAGUUAUUUUGGGUUUAAGUUUGAUGAUAGUUAUGGAUUUGUCCCCAAGCUCAGAUAAGAGAAAACAAGGAACUUUGGAUGGCUUCUCGACUGUUAGUCCCACAACUAGGGUGUUCUGGAAUUCUCGCAAGAGAUCUGCAAAUGGCCGAAUAAUCGUUAAACCAGCAGAAGAAACACUAGAAACUACGGAGAAACAGAAGAAAGAGGAAUCACAAAUGGACGUGGAAAACCCACAAGAACCGUCGCCACUUCCGGUCCUUUCAGAGCGUAGAAAGGCUCUUUUUGAACCGUUGGAGCCAACAACAGACCCAACGAAUGCUCGUCGUUCGUCAGCUGAUAUGCUACUUCCUCCACCCGAUUUUGACGCUGCAUGCUAUCCUAAAGGCUGGCUGAUCGGAAAGAAACGGAAGCUCGUCAAUGUUGAUGUUGUUGAAAGCAUGCGACGAAUUGCCGUUCAGGAAAUGAACAGAAAGGACCGGGAAAUCGAUGGCUUAAAUGAGCAACUAGAGGAGGAUGCAAGAGUCUUGGAACAUCUCCAAGUUCAACUCUUGGAAGAACGCAGCAAACGUGCAGAUAAAGAGAGAGAAAAUAGGAUGCUGCAGGACCAGAUCUCUAUGUUGAUGAAUAUGUUACAGGAACCAGAAGGAGCUGAUGAGGAUGAAGACACACAGGAUCCCUAGUUAAAGCCCCGUAUUCUUUAAAGAAUCUGUUAUUGUGUCCAAGUACAUACUAGUUAGUUAUACAUUUCAGGAAGAAACAAAGAUAGGCCAAAUGUUGUUCAUUAGUUGGUAAUAAUAAAUUUCCCUUGUAUGCUGAUUACAGAAUUUAAAAUUGAAUUUGAACGUUCGAUUAAUGAUAAGGUCCUAUUCUUUAUAACA